AUGUAUUGCCUUUUCCUUUUUUCGUUCAUCGGAGUCGGAUUGGCUAUUCCGAUUACGCCAAUGUUGACAAGCGAUGAGCUCGCCGCUCAUAAAGCUGAUCAAAAGGAGUUAUCAAAGACUUGCCCAGCAAACGCCGAGUGGAGAGAGUGCUCGAAUUUGUGCCCGGAGAAACACUGUGGGAAUAUCAUGAUGGUCUCCUCUUGCUUUUCGUUGAGAUGCGGUGGGCCAAAAUGCAUGUGUCAAGAGGGUUUCGUCCGCACCAGUGAAGCCAACAAUGCUGAUUGUGUUCGUCGUGAGACAUGUAUCGAGAAGAAUGCGCAAGCGCUUCGUACC